UCUCACGCGCGCUUAAACCCCACUUGGGUUAGCCAAUACUUAAACCGCGGGCUUACCGUGCCGCAGACUAUUCUCGCAGCAUCGUCUGGUUAGACCCAUAAGCGCACAUCCGCACUGUACACGCGCGUACACGCGUUUCAAUUUAGUGCGCGACCUCACGACCUUUGUUAGGACUAAUCAUUGUGCGCCGCGCGAAUCAGCACUGAUCGCGCGUAUGCGAUCGUGGGAGUAUAUGUAGCUACCUGCACGCAUACAGGUGUUUUUUUUUGACCCCGCGAGAAAAAGGAAAGUCGCAUGAGCGAUCGGUGGACGGAGUGACGAAAGCCUCCCUCCGAGUCUCCGCGACCCUUUGCUCGUCGGAAGGGGAUCCCCUCGCGAUCGGUAUCCAUCACCAGUGUUCGUAGCAUCGGUCGACGACGCGUUUACCAGGUUCGAGGGAAGUGCGCGAAAGUCGAACGAGCGAGUCUCCGAUGAUCCGUUUGAUGCGUCGCUCGGUUUGAUGCAGCAUCGUUGAAUCAUCGUAGAGAUUGGUAACUUCGGGUAACUUCGAAGUAGCCAAGAGAGCAGGAGUGGUGAAGUGCCCGGCCAGUUUCUGAUCGACAAUCGAAUCCGGCGGACCGUGAGCGGAAGAAAUGGCAUCGGCGGCAGCGGAGUUAGUAGCGGAAAGGGAGCCGGAGCUCAUUCUCGAGAUGACGGACUCAAACAGAACCUUCGUAGGCGCCCAGGGCUUGGUUAAGAUGGCCUUAGAUCAAUACACGGAAAUUCUCGCGACAAUCUCGGAUCCUCGUGUCGGUGACUGGCCACUGAUGGACUCGCCUGUACCAACAGUUCUCAUUGUACUCCUUUAUAUGUAUGGCGUUGUCAUAUUCGGCCCGCGUAUGAUGGCCAACAGAAAGCCGUAUAAACUCAGAAAUGUCCUGGUAGCGUACAACGCAUUUCAAGUUGUCUUCUCACUAGGAAUGAUGUACGAGCACUUGAUGUCCGGAUGGUUACUUGACUACAGUUACAAGUGUCAACCGGUUGACUAUUCCCACAAUCCAUCCGCUCUGAGGAUGGCAAACCUCUGUUGGUGGUACUUCAUCAGCAAAUUUACGGAAUUCGCUGACACGAUAUUCUUCGUAUUACGCAAGAAGGACAGCCAGGUGACAUUCCUGCAUUUGUAUCAUCAUUCUCUCACACCUCUAGAGACGUGGAUAUGUGUGAAAUUUAUCGCGGGCGGUCAUGGUACUUUGGGUAAUCUUAUUAAUAACGCAGUACAUGUGAUCAUGUAUGCGUAUUACAUGUUAGCAGCCAUGGGCCCGGAAUAUCAAAAGUACUUAUGGUGGAAGAAGCACUUGACCACAGUACAACUGGUACAGUUCUUCGUGGUAUUCGUGCACAGCGCGCAGGCCUUCAUUUUUGACUGCGGUUAUCCGAAACUGGUAGCGGGUCUUCUUCUACUUCACUCGUUGAUCUUUAUCGUGCUCUUCUCUGACUUUUAUAGGACUGCUUAUCGUAGAGGAAAAUCUGCGAAGAAACUUAAGGCUGAAUAGAAUACAUGAAGAACAUAUG